UCAGCGCCGUUAUCACAUCAAGCGGAAGCAGAUGUUUAUAUUCACUUCUAAACAUUUCAUAACUCCUUAAUACACUUGUAAAAGUAUCUUCCGAUACGUUUAAGUAAAAGAAAGUCCACCCGCAAGAUUGUUUUCGGAGCAGCGAAGAACCCCUCAGUUCUCCCAGCGAGCAGAGAGCUGAGAUGGGCGGGAGAGCAGAACACGCGGAGAUGAUGCCGCUGUUCCGGGGAUUUGCUUGAUUUGAGUCUCCUGCCUGGGUGAAUUGUUUUCGGAUGUCAUAUUAGCGGCAAUAUGCCUCUGCGUGGUAUUUCUGGAGUUGUUUGAGGGCGUGCUGGAUCUACCUUCCUCCUCUUCUUCCUCUUUCGGCUGUUUAUUGGGGUUCUCGGCUCUAACGGCGCUCAAUCUUCGGCGUCUGUUUGAGUUAGAUUAUUAACCCGCUAUUUGGGAAAUAAAACCAGGAUGUAAGGAAAAGCGUUGAUGUGGGAAGCAACUUUGGGAACGCAUCCUGGUCCAAACACGGAGCCCUGCUGGUCCCUCCCGCCUAAGCUGGAGAUAGGGAUGGUGGCUCGGAGCACUGAUAAUCUGGACAGUUCAGGGGAGCCUGGGACCCGAUCGGUGGGCACCACUGCCAACUUGAAGGGGAAGAUGAGCAAAAGGCUUUCUGUUGUGAAAGGUCACUUCCCCAAGCUUGUUGACUGUGCCCACUUUCACUACGAAAAUGUGGACUUCGGUUCUAUUGAGCUUCAGUUUGCCAACGAGCAGAGCGAUGCCAGCUGGACCACGGGCAGUGCCAAAGAUCUGGUUUUCCUCGUGCAGGUGUCCUGCCAGGGUAAGACGUGGAUGGUGCGGCGUUCGUAUGAAGAGUUUCGGACGCUGGAUGCCCACCUGCAUCAGUGUAUUUAUGACCGCCGCUACUCGCAGCUCUUGGCACUGCCUGCCCUUUGUGAGAUCGGAGACCGGCUGGAGAUCUUAACACCACUGUUGUCGGAGUAUCUAAAUCGUCUCUCCAUGAUUGUGGACAAUAAGCUGAACUGUGGGCCGGUUCUCACUUGGAUGGAGAUAGACAACCAUGGCAACAGGUUCCUGCUGAAAGAGGAAGCGUCUUUGAACGUCCCUGCCAUCGCUGCAGCUCAUGUCAUCAAGCGCUACACUGCUCAGGCUAGCGAUGAGAUCUCCAUUGAGGUUGGUGAUAUUUUGUCAGUGAUUGACAUGCCACCCAAAGAGGACACUACAUGGUGGAGAGGAAAGCAUGGAUUUCAGGUUGGCUUCUUUCCCAGUGAAUGUGUGGAGUUAAUCAAUGAGAAGAUGCCGCAGUCGGUCAGCGCUCCUGUCAGUAAGCAAGAGGUAGAUCUGAUGAGCUCCAAACCUGGAGCUACCAACAUGACUGGACCUUCCUCUCCAACAUCAGUGUCCAAGAAGCACGGUAAGCUGAUGGGCUUCCUGCGCACCUUCAUGAAGUCCAGACCCACCAAACAGAAGCUGAAGCAGAGGGGAAUCCUGAAGGAACGAGUGUUCGGCUGCGACCUCGGCGAGCAUCUGCUCAACUCUGGCCAAGAUGUGCCGCAGGUCCUAACGAGCUGCUCAGAGUUCAUAGAGAAGCACGGUGUGGUGGACGGCAUUUACAGACACUCUGGUGUGUCCUCCAACAUACAGAAACUCAGGCAUGAGUUUGACAGUGAAAAUGUUCCAGACCUGACAAAAGACGUGUACAUGCAGGAUAUUCACUGCGUCGGCUCACUCUGCAAACUCUACUUCCGAGAGCUGCCCAAUCCACUGCUCACAUACCAGCUUUACGACAAGUUUGCUGAAUGUAUGGGAGAAAUGACGGAGGAAGAGAGAAUGGUGAAAGUGCAUGAUGUUAUCCAGCAGCUUCCUCCUCCGCAUUACCGCACUUUGGAGUACCUCAUCAGACACCUGGCCCAUUUGGCCACCUGCAGUGCAGAGACGAACAUGCACAUAAAGAAUCUGGCCAUCGUCUGGGCCCCCAAUCUGCUCAGGUCCAAAGAAAUUGAGGCAGCAGGUUUAACCGGCGCAGAUCCUUUUAAAGAAGUGCGCAUCCAGUCUGUGGUGGUGGAGUUUCUGCUCAGCAAUGUGGAAGUUCUGUUUAGUGACUCUUUCACUUCUGUCGGACGCUUCAAUGCAGCACGUCAGUCUCUGACCAGGCCCAAGUCCUUUGUAUCCACCAGGCUUCUAUCUCUGGAGGAGGCGCAGGCUCGAACCCAAGCUCCACUUCUCCUUCAGGGAUCUCCUCACCAUGCUAUUGGCCAGUUCCACACUGUACUGGACCUGCCUGUAGACAAAAGGAAAAGAGGGAUGAAGGUGCGGAAGUCAGCGGGUGGAAGCUGGAAGACAUUUUUUGCCAUUGGGAAACCUGGGGCAGCAGGUCGACGCAAACCCACCAGGAUCACCUCUCUCUUUCAGCCCACUACCUCCCAUGCAGGUUGCAGGGUGGACAGUGUGACGCUCAGGUCUGCAAAAAGUGAGGAGUCGCUGUCCUCUCAGCACAGUGGAGCAGGUCAAGGCAAGAUUCAACGGUUACGGAGACCUCGCUCCAGCAGUGACGGUCUUUCUCUGGCUGCCUCUGUUGAUCCGCAGCUCCUUCCCCAGAACUCCCCAUCAAAAAUCCACCCGAGCCGCUCCUAUGACAGCCUUCUGCCAGAGGAGGCCCGUGAUGCUGAUGAGGAGGAGGAAAAUGAAGACGAAGAGGACGAGGAGGGUGUGUACAUGCUGCCUGAUUUCUCCCAGGAACCACCCUCUUCAUGGAUAACGGAGGAUGUCAUUGACUUUAGCCCCACCUUCCUGGAAGACGGGCCAAUAGGGUUGGGGGGCACAGGCGGAGCCCCUAGCGGCAGAGAGUCCCCUCCUGCGGCCGCACCCCCUCCGUACCGCUGUCUGAGCCAUCAGGGCCACCAUGCCCGCUCUGGCAGCCAGCGCUCGAUCACUGAAGAUCCAGACUCUGUUCUUAACCAGUCUGAAGCCGCAGCCCGCAGGAGUUUGAUCCUGGCUGCAGCAGCUCCACCUCAGCAAGUGUUUUGUCAGCACAGGCCGUCUAAUGCCCCUGCAAACACAACCCAGCCGGGAGAAUCAAAUUUAAGCCCGUCCCAUGGCCAGACGGCAGCUCCAGCAACCUCUGCGCCCCUUUCUCAGCCCCCUCAGGAAAGGCGCUCCUUUACACGUAAAGUGGUUCAUGCACUUUCCCCAAAAGCGCCAAAAUCUCCCCCUCUGGACAUCUCGGAUCCCAUCGCCAUCAGUGUUCCUGCCAAGGUUCUGGAAAUGAUUGGUGGACGAGCUGGUGAAUUGCAAUCUGGCCUUCCAAGCAGUGGACCCCCUCAGCCACCCCAGAUGAUAUCAAUGCUCCUGAGGUCAUGUGACUUUCAGCUAACUGAAAGCUGCCAGCAAGAGCUCAGCAGUAAGUUGGGCCCCAUCGCCAAGAUCAAGGGUCCAAGUAUCUUGGGACCUACUGGUGUUCCCCUUCCGUCACAACAGCCCCCUGCUCCUCCCCCCAAGAAUCCAGCACGCCUCAUGGCUCUAGCUCUGACUGAAAGUGCCAACAAGGCACUGCGGCAAGGUGCCUCCCCUCCAUAUCGCCCACGUCAGAGUGCAGCCUCCCCUGAGAAAGACAUUCGCUUUCAGAGGUCACUCUCUGCUGAUGCAGGAGCUCUGCUGUCCUCUGAUCCUAAUCAGAUCUAUUCCACAGUGCGACCCUUAUCUGUGUGGAAGACUGAAGGUGGUGGUGGUGAUGAGGAUGAUAAAGAGGAUGAUGGAGGAGCUGCCGCUGAAAAGCCUGCAGACAAAUCACAUGGUACAGAGCCAAGAUCACCCCCUGGGCAGGACAUUGGCACCCUGUCUUCUAACAGCUCAGUCUCUGACUCUGGGACAACCAAUUCUGAAUUAUCAGCUGCCAGUUCCUCUGAGGACAAUGAGCGAACCCCAAGCCCCAUUUACAAGAAUGAAGAACCAACUUCUCCACCACAACCCUUAAUAUCCAGCCCUCCCUCCUCAUCUGAUGUAGUUCCAUCUCAGAGAAAACCCCCAGCAUACGGGCGCCAAUUUUCUGCACCACAGCUUCAGCAGGAGAAAUCUAGUGGCCCAUCUAAGCCUGCCACUCAACAACACACUCAGCUCCUACACUCCAAAUCAGAGAGCUCUCCUCUGGCCCAGGUACGAGCCUUCCAGCCCACUCGCCCUAAAGUGCCACCCAAACCCCCUGAUCUUGCACCCUUAAGGGCUCCUCUCUCUCAGACUGACCGGCAUGAUUACAUGCGUCGCUCCUUAGAUGCCAGUCGCAUUCGACGAUUGGCAGGACCUCAGCAGGUGAACACACCACUUUCCAGAGCCUUCUCAGAGCGCAUCAGCAGCACCUCUGACAUGCUGUCUCGAUAUCAUGCUGCCAGAAUGGCCAGUCAGGCCGCCCAGAUUGCACAUCUUCCUCAUCAACAGUCCCAGUCCACUCCAAUAAGACCAGUUGUCCCCUCCUCUGAAGACCCAUCCAAGAUGGAAAACUUCUACUAUGAAAUUGGUGCACCUGAGCACCCACAAGUGCCACCUAGCUAUGCACGCCACAGUUACCAGAAUAUGAAGCCAGAUCUGGAAGGGAACCUCCGCCUCACUGACCCAGCCAAUCAAAGGCCUAUAUCCAGGGGUUACCCUCCUCCCUACAAUUCCCAAGGAGGCGGGGGUGGUAGGUCUACCCAGCUGUGGUCGUCUGAGGCGACACGAGCAUGGGCUGCAGCACAUUCUCACUCUUUCUCCUUUUCUCAUUCUCAUCAUCGCUCUCAGGAUGGAUCAUCAGGACAUCCUCCUCAUCCCCAUCCCCAGCGACAAACAUCAUCCUCUGUCAGGUUGUCCCGCAGUGAAGUGCAUCCCUUACCCGCAUCUACUGGAUCUUCUACAGGCAUGGUGCCUCUGUCUGUGCACCAACGGAGCUUGCAUCGCACCCACCGUUCACCUUCUGCAGACCACACUGCUUCCCAGCUUCACCCUUACUUUGAAAACGGGAAGGUGUGUUAUCGGUACUUUGAGGCUUCCAGGCCCGAAGAUUUGCAAUUGAAUCCACAUCAGCAGGCUGUAGUGAAAACGUCUCAGGCCUCCCCAGUGCAAGGAAUCACAAAAGAUCAGCCUGAGCCUAUUUAUGUCAACUACCCCUUCACAAACCCACCAGGAUCUGGGGUUAAUUCAAAGGGCUGGGCCACCACAGACCUGGACGAAAAUGAUUAUCAUGCGUCUGAGAUGCAAGAAGCAUCAUCUAAGUCACCUACAGAUGACAAGCAAAAGCAUUCAGAGCAAGAAAGUCCUACAGCUGACAUUGACAACCCUUCCCAAAAUGAUCUGUCCUCAGAUUCCAAAAUGAUCAACAUAGCAUUGCCAGCCCCCACUGCCAUGCAUUUCCGUAGCCGCUCAGAUCCCCAAAGUGUCAGCUCAGAGACUGCUCAUGUCCUGACUGGGAAGGAAAUUGCCUCCUUGUUAAUUGAAAAGCUUGCAGAGGAUGAAAGGGAGGGUCCUUCUGUGCCAUCCUCUACAUCCUCUUCACCACACAUUGAGCACCCUCCAAAUCCCUACCCUAGCCAGCAUCAGCAACCACCACCUGCAUACAAUGUGUACACCCCAGGACCCUCUCGAGGGCGCUUUGUAGGUCAGGUGCCACCUAGAGAGGGAUCAGGCCCUUUCCAACGUCAAGACCCCUUAAGGAGAUCUUCCGGAGGCCAGUAUAGACAAGCGUUUGACGUCAUGCCAUCUGGCGACCAAGUCCUUAAGUUUUACAGAAGCCAAGACUUUAUGCCAGGUGCCCAGGGAGAAAGCACAACCCCUAAUCCUUAUCCCCCUAGACCAUAUUAUCAGGACCCCCCAUACCCCAACUGGGGCCCACAAGGUUUCCCAGACUCUUCCCACACAUGCACUCCACCCACAGUGGCCUUCUCAAACUUAGCACUUGGAUCAACAAGAGGAUACGCGCCGCAGACAGUGGCCAACCAGUAUAACCAAUUCCCAUACCAGUCAGGUCCAGUGCUUCCCCAGUAUCCCAACACACCACGGCGAGAUGUUGUACUGGAUCCUUCUCUCCAACCUCCAGGGUUGCGGAACCAGAGAGGGCUAAACCGACAGGGAAGCCUGCCGGGACCAAACUGGACCAUCCGAACUGAAGGCCAGACCCGUAGUUAUUGCUAAAGAGCACAACUGCCACAAAAAGUCCUGUGUCUGUUGACUUAAAAUGAGAUGAUAUGAAGUAGACCACUAUGUAGAGCACUAGACAUCUAUGUUUACUGUACAAUUUAACACGUUGUGAAAGUAAUUGUGUUAACCUCCUCAAGAGGAGAACGAAUGUACAGAAACAAAGUGGCAUAUUUCUUUACAAGUAUUUCGGUCUCAGAAAGACCCCACUGCUGUCCUGCAAUUAGCGUGUGUUGGAGUGGAAAAAGGGUACGAGAUUACGGCGUAAAGCAGAAAGGAUCAAAGAAGUGAACCAUAAAGUGGCUUAGUUAUGAAAACAUUCCAGAACACACUGUGCUGUCCAGCAGAGGGAGUCAGAGAGGUGCACAGCUGCUAUUCCUCUGACAGGAUGUUGCUCAGUGGUUAAUUUGUUUUAGUUUUUCUGCUUUUGGUUUGAAGUUCUUUUAGACCAGAGGUGUCCAAACUUAGUCCCAGGGGGCUGGUGUCCUUCAGGUUUUAUCUCCAACUCACCUCAAACCUGCAUGGAUGUUUCGAGAUAACCUUGUAAGAUCUUGAUUAUCUAGCCUAGGUGUGUUUAAAUGGGGUUGGAGCUAAAAUUUGCAGGACACCUGCCCUCCAGGGCAGAGUUUGCCCACUGCUGUUUUAGACACUUGGUUAUGCUGUACAGGGGCACAAGCUUAAUAUGUCUUUCCUCUCAAAGUACGAUAAAAAUAACCUCAAGAGAUGCUGUUGGUUUUAAGAAACUUUAUGAAGAUGGCUGUUUUUUUGUAAUCUUAAUUUUGUUGGCAGAAAUGUGACAUUAUUUCCAUUUUUAAUUGCUUUUGAUGUUUCUAAGUUAUUGUAAGAUUUCAUUGUGAAAGUUUUAUUUGCCUUUUUAGAAUUUGUUUCAAAGAAUGUGAAGAUUCAGCCUUUGACCUUUUAAUUGUUUUAAUUUCUUUUAAAGUCUGCGUGAGUUUGUAUGAGUGUGCGUGUUGUUAAGCACAUAAAACACAAUGGUCAUUCUUUUUUGGCAGGGUGUGUAAUUGAGAGCGCAUAUUUCUGAGAGGUACUGUUUUCUGCUCAUUCUCUAGUAAUGUGUCAGAUGAUUUGUGCAUCAAUAUUAGUGUUCUAAUCCAAAGCAAGUAUUUCAGGUAGGUCACGUCACCCUGUGUCACUCCCAGACAUCCUUGGGUUUCUGUGAAGGAAGGAUCCCAACCUAGCAACAUUGAAUAACUAGUACUGUUCAACACAAAACACUGAAGGCUUGCCCAUAA